CUCUCUCCGACGACGACGAGCUUGAGCCCCUCGUCGAGGCGCUCCCCCAGGUGCUAUGGGACUUCGAGAAAAACGAGCCGCGUGGCGCGUAUCGGACGCAUUUCCUCAGGCUGUUGCGCGAUCCGCAGGUCCGUCUCGGCCAGCGUCUCGGGGACUUCAUGGCCGGCUCCAACAGCUAUCUGCUCGAGCACAACGUCCGCGUCCGCCGACAGCUGUCAGUGCUCCGGGCGCUCUGGGUUGUCUGCGCUUUCUCCCUCCACACGGGGUCGCCUAUGGAGUGUCCGAUUGGAGACGCCGAUCCUGGCAAAGCACUGCUGGGGUCGAAUUUUAUUGACUCGGAGGAAGUGCAGAACAUGGUCCCCGAUGUGUCCGCUCUGAUUCGCCUGAACGUUAUCGAGUCCAAGAGCCAGCAACGGACCCCCGGUGGCCCUCCCUCGCAGACGAGCAACUCCGACCGUGACAUUCGCGCCCGGGCAGAGAAGCAACGGCGAGCGGAGAAGCAACGGACGUACGUGCAGUAUAUGACUGCGCUCUCCAAAAACCUUGCCAGCUUCCAGCGAGAGGUGACCGUGUCGCUCUUCCAUCGGUCACAGAUCCUCUUCACGGAAGCGGAUGGCUACCGCACUCUGCAAGACGCUCUUAGAAAGCUGACCCGGUCGGGGUCGGAUGAGACAGCCGCGGACAAUCUCGUCUUCGCUGCGCGCCAGAUGAUCAGCGCAUUUGCCCGGACAUCGACGUAUCCGGAUCUGUUCGGGAUGGGGUUCCGUGGUCUCGCGCCGUUCCUUGUCCGGUAUCCUUCCCUCGCGGCCUACAAGCCAGAGCUCGAUCUACAGCCCGGUCCGAAGUACCAUUACACCCGAUACCUGUGUUACUGUCUCUGCGAGAACCUGAAGUACCGACGCGAGAACUCGGAGCAUCAACUCGACCUCCAGGCAUCCGUCGAGGCCCUGCAGCUGAUCUACCAUCACCUGGUCAACACCCCGGCGGCCGCGAGAGACGUCGACAGCCAUCUGUGGGUCCUCCGGAGGCUGCUGAGGGCCGACGUUCAGGCAGCAGACGCCCGCACGCACCGUUUGGUUGCCACCGUGCAGUGCGCUGUGCUCCGGUGUUUCCGGCGGGAUCUGUCGAAUUCGGGGGAUCUGUCGGAAUCGACGAAAUUGAUGCGCAUGUUCGACGACGAGGCGUGGUUCCGGGCAGUGAUCAGCCACGAAAACGAUAAGCGGAGGGAGUGGGCGUCGGCGAAGCAGUUCUACGACUGUGCCUGCGUGGGUGUUGUGACCGCCUUCUUCGAGCAGUGUGCCCGGAAUCCGGAUCAGACUGAACGCAGGCUUGAAUUCGAGACGUUCAAAACGGUCCAGACAGUCACCACCAUCUAUCGGAUCCGGGUGCUCCCGGCCAAAAUACAACUUCGAUUCGCCGACGCCGUGUCUGGAUUCCUCGGCAGAUAUCCACAGGACAGUCUUGCUGAUAGCCAUACGCUCGAAUUGGUGCUCUACUGGGCCGUCAAUGGGGACUCUGGGUAUAUCGACGAUUCGGAUGCAUUGAAGGUCCUGGACGCGGCUGUGUCUCAGGUGCAGACGGACCACGCGCAGGAAACACAUCGAAGAAAUGCCGAAUCGAUCCGCGCGCUGAUUCAGGACCGGCUUCAUCGUUCCCGAGAGCAUCCUCCCGACUUUGUCCCGCUCGUUAUUGACGGAGAGUAAAGCGACCAUCGUAGAGGGGGUUUUUGGUGUGGAGGUCGGUUUGUAUAGCCAAAUAGGUUGACCUGAGGCAACUAAAACAAUCACGACCAAAGGGCAUUCUGUAAGUACAUGUAAAACUAGAUCAAAGACCGGCAGCAGUCAACACGGCAGGGAAGUUGGGUGAACCCAUCCCCGUGACGGGGUCUCAGCCCGCCUUUGCAGAGAACCCUUUCGUGCCGCAGCCGGGAUUCGUGCCAGACGUGAUGUCAUUGAACAUCUGCGGGUUCGCAUACACCCAGGGGUUCAGGAAUCCCAGCACGGGCUU